ACAGUGUCCGUCCCUGGGAUGGAGAAGGCCCUGCACCAAUACACCCUGGAGCCCUCAGACAAACCCUUUGACAUGAAAACAGUCCCUCUGGCCACGGCCCCGAUCUUCGAGCAGAAAGCAGAGAUUGCCCUGGUGACCAACAAACCCGAGAAAGUGGCUCCUUCACGCCAGGAUAUAUUUCAAGAACAACUGGCAGCCAUCCCAGAAUUCCAGAGCCUGGGUCCUCUGUUCUGGUGCUCCGAGCCCGUCCAGCUCACGGAAGCAGAGACCGAGUACUUCGUGCGCUGCGUCAAACACGUCUUCCCGAACCACAUCGUCUUCCAGUUCGACUGCACCAACACGCUCAACGACCAGCUCCUGGAGAGGGUCACGGUGCAGGUGGAGCCGUCGGACGCCUACGACGUGCUCUGCUGCAUCCCAGCUCCCAGCCUGGCCUACAACCAGCCUGGGAUGUGCUACACCCUGGUCAGGAUCCCCCAGGACGACCCCACUGCAGUGUCCUGCACCUUCAGCUGCACCAUGAAGUUCACGGUGCGGGACUGCGACCCCAACACGGGGGUGCCAGAGGAGGAUGGCUACGAGGAUGAGUACGUGCUGGAAGACUUGGAAGUGACCGUGUCCGACCACAUCCAGAAGGUUUUAAAGCCCAACUUUGCAGCGGCCUGGGAAGAAGUGGGAGAUGACUUUGAGAAGGAAGAGACCUUUGCCCUCAGUUCCAUCAAAACCCUUGAUGAAGCUGUCAACAACAUCGUGAAGUUCCUGGGAAUGCAGCCCUGUGAGAGGUCGGAUAAAGUGCCGGAGAACAAGAAUUCCCACACUCUUUACUUGGCUGGUGUGUACAGGGGUGGCUGUGACGUGCUGGUGAGGGCCAGGCUGGCGCUGGGGGACGGGGUGACCAUGCAGGUGACGGUGAGGAGCAAGGACGAGGCGGCCGUCGACGUCAUCCUGGCGGCCGUGGGCUGAGGCCGAGCCGGGCCCUGGCCCCUGGAGAGGCCUGGCUGUCCUUUUGCAUGUGGGUUUUACUCCUCAAAAAUCUGGGAAGAUAUUUUGUACGAGGUCCCAUUCUCGGUGGCUUGGCCGUUCCCACGUCCCCUUCCCUCCGUGUCACACAUUCCCACUUAAUUUAUGGGAAGGGAAAAGGGGGGCGUGUGCAGGUGGGUGAGGAAAUGGGAGUCAGGCUUU